AUGUCCUCCGUCGCCCAGAAACGCCUCUUCCACGAAUACAAAAACCUCUCCACCAACCCCCCCGAGGGCAUCACCGCCGGCCCCGUCACCGAAGAUGACAUGUUCCACUGGGAAGCACUAAUCCAGGGGCCUGAAGGUACGCCCUUCGAGGGCGGCGUGUUCGCGGCCGAGUUGAAGUUCCCUAAAGAUUAUCCGCUUAGUCCGCCUACAAUGAAGUUUGUGGGUGGUGGGGUUUGGCAUCCUAAUGUAUACCCCAACGGAACCGUGUGUAUUUCCAUCCUCCACCCCCCCGGUGACGACCCCAACCAUUACGAACAUGCUUCGGAGCGGUGGUCGCCGAUCCAGAGCGUGGAGAAGAUUCUUAUCUCCGUUAUGAGUAUGUUGGCGGAGCCGAAUGAUGAGUCUCCGGCGAAUGUGGAGGCUGCGAAGAUGUGGAGGGAGCGGAGGGGGGAGUAUGAGCGGAAGGUGAGGGAUGAGGUUAGGAAGGGAUUGGGGCUGUGA